GUCCGAAUAUCCGAAGAUGGCGGGCGUCCCCGAUCCGCUGGAAGACAUGCUUUACUCAGACGUAGAUGAGAAAGCCGUCAGCGACCUCGUAGGCUCCUUAGAAUCGCAGCUCGGUGCACCGGACGGGUCCGCAGCUCCGCAGGGCGACGGGAGACGCUCCGGGCCGCCGCAAGCACAAAAUCUCAACUUGGGACAGUCGCAGCCCGCUACGGCGGACCGGCGGCGCUUGGGACUCCAGAGAGCCGAGCCGAAGCUGGAGGUCGGCGGGGCUCGGGAAAACGGCUCCGAGGGGAUCCCGGCCUCCGUUAACCCGGCGCAGAGCACCGUGCUGGUGGGCGCUUCUCCGGCCGCGGGUCGCUUGCAGUCCCACGGGAAGGCAAAGCCUGCAGCGGGACUUCUAACUUCAGCGAACUGUUCAAGUGACGCAGCAGUUGUAGUACCAUCAGCAUCAUCAUCAACAACAUCAUCAUCUUCACCUACAGAUAAUACUCUCCCUCACACAAAUCACAUCUCAGCGUCUACCAUACGGACUGCUGUUCCCUCCAGAGUCCUGCCUAGUGAGAGUGGAAGCAGUGGGACAGUGACUGUUAACUCCCCUGCUGCUGCUGUUUCUGCUGCUCCCACUGCUGGAGGAGCUGGAGGAGUUCUGAGUACUGGUGUUGCUGGUGUUGUUGCUGUUCCUGGCUCUGGUUUGGGCAGCGAGAACGGCAACAUGUCUGCACCAAAUGGCACAAACGGUCCUUUGGUUUCUGUUCAGCCUGAUCAUGUGUUGUCACAACCUACAGACCAGUCAGUUAGCCAGGCAGCCCCUGCUGUAGUACUGCAUAGACCUCCACUUGUUGUGCCCAAUGGAAGUGACCCUAAAGUUGCAGUUCAGGGUGCAUUGCCUGUACAGGGGGUUGGAAUUGGUGCUGCUGCUGCUGUCUCAGCUCCAGCUCCAGCUGUGGUGUUUUCAAACGCGAAUGCAACUUUAGUGAAGGCCAGCCCACAAUCCCAGAUUAGAACUGUUGUCCCCAGUCAGCUGGCCGGUAGCCCUGUAGGUCUGAAUCCCUCUCCACCAGCACCUGCUGUCAGCAUGCAGGCUGGCACAGUGGGUGUGGGUGUGGGCCCCCAGCUUCCAGUGGCAAGCACUCCCUCAGUUCUGGUGAAGCCGGAAGGCGGCCUUGUGGGUCAGCCCACAGGCAUGAUAAGGCCUGCCACUGCUGCUCCAAUGGUGGCCACUGCAGCAGUGCCUCAGAGGCCCGGGGUCCCUGUGGCUCCAAGGGCCGUGGCGCCCCAGCUCACUGUCAGACCCCAACAGCAGACCACUAUCCAGUUGCCUCCAGGAUUCACCAUUCCACAGGGGAUGGUUCUGGUUCGGACUGAAGCUGGCCAGCUGGUGCUGGUUCCUCAGCAGGUUUUGGCUCAGGCCAAAGCUCAGAAUCAGAAUAAACCUGCGCUCUCUCCCAGGCCAGCGACACCAACCACAGCAGCCACUUUUAGGGUCACUACUCCUGUGGUCCAGUCACCUGUGACCUCUCCUGCCAUCCGCCCCAUUCCUCCAGCCCAGGCGAAGGUGGUACAGGCAGCAGGGCCCACCAGUCCUGCUAUACAGAAGAGUCCAGUGGUGACGGUCAGUUCUGCUCAGAAACCUGCCGGCCCCACGGUCAUUACAGCUGGAGCUCGUGUGCAGACCCCUCCUCAGCCUCUCAUUAAACCUGUGGUUCCGUCAUCCCCUGCUCCAGCAGCAGGAACCACUGGCCUCUCUCCGGAAAUGCAAGAGAAUGUGAAGAAGUGCAAGAACUUCCUGGCGACGCUGAUCAAACUGGCAUCCCAUAAUUCCCCAUCUCCAGAAACGUCUCGAAACGUGAAGGCACUUGUACAGGACCUGCUGGAUGCCAAAAUCGAGCCAGAGGAAUUUACAAAUCGCCUGCAGACAGAGUUGAAGUCGUCUCCUCAGCCCUACCUCAUUCCUUUCCUGAAGAAAAGCCUUCCUGCUCUGAGGAUGACCCUGCUGAACUCACAGCAGUCUCUGACCCAGCUGUCUCAGCCCACGCCCUCCACUCCAGUCACUGUGGGCACCAUUAAAGCCCCACCUCCUCCUCCUCGCUCUAUCGUCACCCCAGUACCCCCCGUGUGCCCCGUCGUCACGCAAGGCCAGACUGCUAUUAAGAGGGCAGGGGUACAGGCUACUCCAGCUAGGAUGCCAGUCGUCGUCACCCAGUCAAUACGGCCUCAAGGUCCAAUGGUCAGAGGACCAGCGGUACAAGUGAGAGGUCCUGUCGGCAUCGCUAUGCAGGCGUCAGCCAAUCAGAAACAGAAGCUGAAUGAUCCGGGAGGUGGAACAUUCAAGGAUGAUGAUGACAUCAACGAUGUGGCAUCGAUGGCAGGUGUCAACCUGAAUGAGGAGAACGCUCGUAUUUUAGCCACAGGCUCCGAGCUGGUGGGCACACAGAUCCGUUCCUGCAAAGACGAGACCUUUCUUCAGGCCAACUUGCUGCACAAGCGCAUGCUUGAGAUCGCACGGACGUUUGGGGUGAACGAGAUCGGGGGAGACGUGGUGAGCCUGGUGUCCCAUGCUGCCGAGGUGCGGCUCCGCAGCAUGCUGGAGAACGUAACGGCUCUGGCACAACACCGCGCGGACUCCUGCAAGGAUGAAGAGACUUUGGAGCAGACGUCGGAUGUGAGGACGCAGCUGAAGUUUUUCGAGCAGUUGGAGAGGCUGGAGAAACAGCGCAAAGACGACGAGGAGAGAGAGAUCCUGCUCAAAGUCGCCAAAAGUCGUUCCAGACAAGAAGACCCUGAGCAGGCUCGGUUAAAGCAGAAAGCUAAAGAGAUGCAGCAGCAGGAGCUGGCCGAGAUGAGGCAGCGUGAUGCCAACCUCACAGCCCUGGCCGCGAUAGGGCCACGCAAAAAACGCAAACUGGAUGGUGGGGCCUCUGCUUCUGGAGAGGUGUCUGGAGGCUCUUUGAGCGCUGCAGCCUCUUCCUCGUCGUCCUCCUCCUCCUCUCGGCAGGUCCGGCAGCGGAUCACGCGGGUUAACCUCAGGGACUUGAUCUUCUGCCUGGAGCAGGAGCGCUCCACGGCCCGCUCGCUGCUGCUCUACAAAGCUCUGCUCAAAUAGAACUGGACCAGCACAGGUCAGCUUCAUCCAGGCCAGAGUUCCUCCCUCGCCAUCUCUCUUCUUCCUGUCCGUAGGGUCUGACCAGAGCCCUGUCGGGACCCUCAGUCACGCCCCGCUGUGGUUUGAUGGACCCGGUCCGUUUUCUCCCGGCCUGCUUCCCCUGCGUCACCUCCUGCAUUUUUCUUUGUGCCUUCAGGCAAAGCUGGGACACAAUCACUGAGAUCCUGUCUUUGCUUUCAGAGGAAUGUAUUAGAAACUAAUGCUCCCCACACGCAUAUUCAGGAAGCGAGUGAUAGAAAGCCAUGAAGGAGGAGGAGGGGGGUGUAGGUAAUAGCAGCGUGCGUUUUUCGUUAGUUUGUUCAUUUUUUUUCCUCAUUGCAGUAUGGGUAUUCGGUACAGGAGCCAACACAAUAGGAGAGUUUUUAACGUGUUCCAUUUGAAUCCGAUUUGAUUUUAUGUUGGAGGAUGACGUUUAGAUUUAUUGGUAUAAUGUAUGAUUGGACUUGAAGCUGUAUUUUAACUUAAAUGCCUCAUUUGCAAUAUGGACACUGGAAGUGUGAAUGUAUAGUUUUGUUUUGUUUUGUUUUUUUCCUUUUUUUUUAAGCAGUCUAACAAAUUAUUAAAUAUUUUAAUAACAUGACUUUCAUACCUCCAAAUGAUGGUUUGGACUGAUCUCGUUUCAGUAAGAUUAUGCAAAAUGAAGACACUCAGUGUUGCUGUUCUUCAUCCUAUGGGGUGCAGUUUUGUAAAUCAGUGACAGUAUUUUUUCCUCGCACUCCUGACGUGGAGUGUGUUUGUGUGUUAGCUGUGAAGAGUUACGGUGGAGGAAAAUGGCACGGCCCCAUCUGUAAUGAUGAGGCUGUCGUGAUUUCACCCAUAUGGAUGAUGGUGCGUACAGUCGUUUGGAUGUUCAAAUGAAAAUUAAGAGCAGCUUUUCAUCAGUGAAACAAUCAGCUAGAAAGAGAUCACAUAGCAUAGCAGACAAUUCUGAUUUUAAAAUGAAAGAUUGAAUGAGUUUAAUGAGGCCUUUUAGAACAAAUUGGACUGUUUGACUGAUUUUAUAAUCAAAUCAAAGUGGAAAUUGGAGUGUUUGUUCCAGUCAGCCCCAGCAGGACAUGACCCCAGUGAUCGUGAAGGGUUUAAGGGAGUUUGAAUUGGACUUCUGUUUUACUGACAGAAGAAGAGAAAACAAAGGAAUCAGCAGUGCACUCAAAAAUAAAGAUACUGCAAAGGGUGGUUUGAGUGAUGCCAUAGUAGAAACCAAUUUUUGUUCAUUUUUGUAAAGGACAUGUAACAUUAAUGUGAUGCUCCUUUAUAUUAGUGAAAAAUCAUUCAGUUCUCUUGACUUCUUUAAACCUUUAAAGGUUCCUCACUGUUUUUAUUUCUUUUACAAAAAUGAUAUAAACUUGCAUUACAGAACCAGAAACGGGUUCCUUUCAAAUGGCAUCACUCACACACAGAUCCCUUUGUAGCAGCUUUAUUUAGAGACACACACAGUCAUAAUCACUCUAGAUCAUCACAGCCAAAACCCACCUUCGUCCUCUCUGUGCGGCAAGGCUUGCACACGAAAGAGCUCAGACAAACCGAGUGUUGCUGAUCCAGUGGUCAGGUCUUUGAUUAUUUUUAUGUUGUAUUGUCUACAAAGACCAUAUUAUCUAUUAUAAACUCUAUAUUUUUGGUAAAUUUAACAGUUUUUAAAUGUUUGGCUGGUUUGAAAAGAAGUGUUCAUCUCUCAGAAAUUUGUACUAUUUUGUAAAAGAAUAAAGUUCCUUACCACAGCGUU